GAAAUAAAAGAAAUGCCAACCCCUAUUCUGUAAUGAAAUUACAUUCUACAAUUUAUUGACCUCUCAACUACAUUUACUAAUCUUAUCAUUUAAUGCAUGCUAUAAAUAAAUAGCUUUAUCUUGUGGUACGUCUUUCUUUUUAUGCAUCUCCUUCAAAGGUUCAUUUUCUUUCAUUCUGAGUUUGUUCCAUCGCUCCAACUUUCAAACACAAGUGCUUUUGUCUUAAGACCUUUUCUCUUCGGGUUCGUGAGUUAAGGGUUCUUCUUCUUCUUCUUCUUUUUUCUCUAAACUGGAAAAUAAAGAAGAAAAGAACAUGGAUUUGCAUUCUUGUCUAAACUCAUACUUUCUUUUGCUCCUCCUCUGUCUUCUUAAUAUUACCACCAUUAACUCAACGAAGCCAUUAGAACAAGAAACAGUGCUUUUUGGCGGCAACUUUCCGGCUUUUUAUGUUAUUGGAGAUUCAUUGGUUGAUUCAGGAAACAAUAAUCAUCUUACAACGAUGGUCAAAUCGAAUUUUCCACCUUAUGGUUCGGACUUUGAAGGUGGCAAAGCCACCGGCCGUUUCAGCAAUGGCAAAACAAUUGCUGAUUACAUUGCUAUCUACUAUGGUCUUCCUUUGGUUCCUGCUUAUUUGGGAUUAUCUCAAGAAGAAAAGAAUAGUAUCUCAACUGGUAUUAACUAUGCUUCUGCUGGCUGUGGGAUUCUUCCUCAGACAGGAAGGCAAAUAGGAACAUGUCUCUCGUUAAGUGUCCAAGUCGAUAUGUUCCAGGAGACCAUCACAAACAAUCUGAAGAAGAACUUCAAGAAGUCCGAGCUCCGUGAACACUUGGCUGAAUCGUUGUUUAUGAUCGCCAUUGGGGUUAACGACUACACAUUCUUAUUUAAUGAAACAACCGAUGCGAAUGAGUUUGCAAACAAGCUUCUUCAUGAUUACUUGCUUCAAAUAGAAAGAUUGCACAAGUUAGGAGCAAGGAAGUUCUUCAUCAACAACAUUAAACCAUUAGGAUGUUACCCAAAUGUUGUAGCUAAGACCGUGCCACGUGGAAGCUGCAACGAUGCUUUGAACUUUGCGGUCAGCAUUUUCAACACUAAGCUUAGAAAAAGUCUGUCUCGUAUGACGCAAAAAUUCAUCAAAACGUCCUUUUUAUACUCGGAUUACUACAACUACAUGUUGGGACUAAGAGGACCUUCAAGCAAUCAAGUUGGUUCGAGUCUAUUGAACGUGACAAGCCCAUGUUGUCCUAACGUUUAUGAUGGAGGUCAAUUGACAAGUUGCAAGCCUGGUUCGAUCGCGUGUAAGGCACCCGAUACUCAUAUUUUCUUUGAUCCGUUUCAUCCGACUCAAUUGGCGAAUUACAUGUAUGCGAUUGCGUGUUUCCACGAGAGAAGUAUUUGCCAUGUGAUAUUGGAAGAUUAACUUUUGUCGGCAACAAUCUUUUUUGUUUGUUUUAAACACCAAUUUGGUUGUUGUUUGUUGCUUUCAACUUUUCAAUAUCAUCAGAACUUUUAAGAUUACCACUUUGGCAUACUUGGGGAUUAAGCACUCUAUUUUUUUUUUGUUUAUUGUGUUGUAUUCCUUUCUUUUUUAAAACUAAACAACUACACCGAAACUCGUCUUGGUCUCGUGGAUCCA